CACAAAUACACACUCACACACACACACAAAAACAAACACAAACACACGCACGCAUACAUACACACACAGAAUCACAUUAACAUCAUAUAAACACGAGCGAGUUCGUUGCCAGUACCGCUGGACUGGCUCCUGUGCAGGUGGCACGUAAAAUACACCAUUUCGAGCAUGCCUGUUGCCAGUACCGCCUGACUGGCCUUCAUGCCGGUGGCACGUAAAAGCACCCACUACACUCUCGGAGUGGUUGGCAUUAGGAAGGGCAUCCAGCUGUAGAAACUCUGCCAAAUCAGAUUGGAGCCUGGUGUAGCUAUCUGGUUUCACCAGUCCUCAGUCAAAUUGUCCAACCCAUGCUAGCAUGGAAAGCGGACGUUAAACGAUGAUGAUGAUGAUGAUGAUGACAAACACACACACACACAGACAAAGGCACACUCACAAACACACACACACACUCACAAACACACACAAGCACACUCACAAACACACGCACACACACAAAUAUACACACAAACACAUACACACUCACAAGCACACACACGAAUACUCACCCUCCCAUACACACAAACACAUACACACAAACAAACAAAUACACACACACACACACGCGCACACAAAUACUCACCCCACCCCCACACCCACACACAUAUGUAUAGGCAUCCUCUUCAGUCUGUUUGCAUAAAGUCCAUUCACAUUAGUGUUUUACAUUUGAUUGUCUCUUCCUCAAUACAGCGACCGUUAUUCCGGCAUUACUACAAAGGUACUGAUGCUGUGGUGUUCGUGAUAGACAGCGCCGACAGAGAAAGGCUCGACGAGCUGAGCUUCGAUGUGAUCCGACCAGCAUUCUUGGCUGAGGAACUCUCCUCGGCUGUCUUCCUCUUCUUAGCAAACAAACAAGAUCUGCCAGAAGCAAUGACAGUCGAAGAAAUCACAGACAAACUCUCGUUGAAGAAUUUAAAACAUGUUUGGAAUAUCAUGCCGGUCAGUGCUCUGACUGACCGAGGUCUAACAGAAGCCCUCGACUGGCUGGCGUGCCAUCUUGGUUCCGUCCAGGCUAAGAAAGCUGUCUACUCCACUGUGCCACCAGCACCUGAAGAAAUGCCACGGAUGCAACGAGAGUCUGGUGACCGACUCGAACAUAGCAUGGACUACUGUUCAAGAGCCUACACUGCCAUUAAGUGCCUCUUCUUCAGAACAAGCCGCACUCAGGAUGUCACCGACAGUUGCCCAACAACAACAACAACUCACCUACAGGACUCACUACAAGACUCGCGGACAACAACAGCACCGGGCAAAUUUCAGAACUGCCCGGAGAAAUAGUUCUUUAAAAGAUAACAAUAACAAUAACAAUAACAAUAAUAAUAAUAAUAAUAAUAAUAAUAAUAAUAAUGAUAAUAUUAUUAUUAUUGAUAAUAUUAAUAAUAACAAUAAUAAUGAUAUGCGGUGACAAUGCAAUGCAAACCAUGUACAGGAGGACUCGUAUGUUCAUGAACAUAUGCAAGCACACACAUACAUAAAUACAUAUAUAUAUAUGUAUGUGUAUGUAUGUAUACAUACAUACAUAUAUAUAUAUGUAUAUACAUGUAUAUAUGUAUAUAUAUAUAUGUGUGCAUAUAUAUUUAUAGUUAUAUUCACACCUUGAAUCAUUAUGUUCAUCCUCAAAUUUUCAAUGCAAAUUGGUUUAACAAAAGAAAUUUUUAAAAAAUGAAACAAAGACAGAAAGAACUAGAGUAUUCUGUGACAAGGUGCAAGUAUUUGUGUGUUAACGACGGUGAGAUAACGAACAAAGAUGAAAUGAACAAAUUACAAAAACUAAAAGAAAAAAAA